AUGGGAGUCACAACGCCAUGGUUAACUAAUACACCCCAAAAGAGGAUAACGGAGGAAAUUGGGCUCAACGCUCAGGUACCUCGGCAGCAGCCCCUCUCAGGAGAAGCAGACACUGAGCCACCCUGGGGCUACAGGGGGACUGGAUGGCGGGGGGCAAGCACGUGCGGUGAGGACCGCAAGUCAGGUCCCCGAAGAGACAAGCCGCCCCCCACCCCUGCGCGAGCCUUCCCGGUCGGUGGUCGCGCUCGUCGUCCCAAAGGUAAGAGCUGCGGGCCGCGAAGCCGGGGCGCAGAGGGGCCGGCUGCUGUCCACCGACCAAGAACCAAGGGGCAGGGGGCGACGGCAUCGGGUGUCCCCGAGGGCCGAGCCAAGACGCAGAUCCCCGGCGGCCCAUCUCACCUGCUACGUCUGCAGCCCCUGGGCUUCCAGAAGAAGGGAGUAGAUGUUCGUAGAGGGCCCAGCGGGGAGGAAAUCACCCUCAUCUCCCGCCCCCAGCCCUCUCCGCCGAGCGCCGCCGGUGGCCGGCAGCAGCAGCUCACGUUCCGAGAAAGUGAGGUCGGGGCGAGCCGCUGCGGCCCUGUCAGCUCCCGCCCCGGCCCCGCCCCAGCCCCGCCCCCGGCCUUCCCCCAUAGGCCACCGCCCGGCCCGCAGGCCCCGCCCUCGGGCCCCGCCCGGCCCGCAGGCUCCACCUCCUGGCCCCGCCCUCCGCCCCAAACACCCCGCUGUUCUCUCAGGUCCCGCUCCGGUCCACCGGAUUCCUGCUCACCACAGUCUCGGUCCCGCCCUCAGGUCCGCCCGCUGCCUCAGGGCUGGAGUCACGCGGCCCGCACCCCAUCCCACUCCACCCUCCUCCCACAGCCUCCUCUCCGCCCGUGGCCUCGGGACUCCGAGCUCCGGGGUCCUGGAGCCCGGCUUUCAGACCCCGCCCCGCCGGGCGCGACUUCCGGCCGCCGGGCCUCGGCAAAAUGGCGGCGUGGCGUGGGAUUCCCCGUGGGCUUUCCGCUAUCUGAGCUCAGCAUCCUGUGA